AUGUCGGUUGUUGUCGACGCGGAAGCGGCCGAAUUGGUUCUGGCCAAUUGUCUUGAAAAGGAUGAAUUCAAUCUAUUCUUUAGGAAACUGCUCGGUAGCGGCUCUAUUAUGGCGCCAGUUUCUGUGUGGCGACCACGACGCAAGCAGAUGGCCCCAUUUUUUGGAAUAACAAACGCAAACCGGUCCCAAGAUUCUCUUCUAAAACAUAGUGACAACCUGGUGAAGCAUCUGGAAUCGAUGGCAGAUACCGAACCCUUCUCAAUGUUCGAUAUAUUUUAUCCGUAUGCAUUUGACACCAUCAUGGAACUAAUACUGGGUCUCACACUAAACUCCCAUGAAGAAGAAGACACCAGGGUGUUGAAAGCUGUACCGGACUGCUUCAAUAGCGUAGCUUAUUUCCUCUUCCAACCGUAUCUCCAGUUCGAAAUCAUUUACAGCAGACUACCGAUAUGGGCGAAGUUCUUAAACGACAAACAAAACAUUCAAAGAUUAAUCGCCAAAGUAAUGGCCUCUAAACAAAAGUUAUAUGAUGGAAAAAAUAACAACGUCGAUGCAAAUAUUUCAUUGAAAUCACUUGUCGAUUUCCUGUACUCAUCGCCUGAUGAUAAAAAAUUCUCAAUUGAUGAGAUACGAGAGGAAUUGUUCGUGAUGCUGUUCGGCAGUACUAUUCUACCGUGCGUUUCAUUAUGCUUCACAUGCAUGAUGCUGGCGAAGUAUCCAGAUGUACAGGAGAAACUUAUUCGAGAGUUAGAUGAAGAAAGUAGUCGUUACGAAAAAGGAUUAACAAAAAGCAGACCGCAUGAGAACAAAUAUUUGGAGGCGGUCAUUAAGGAGACUUUUCGACUCUACCCAUCAGUCCCUACUGUGUCCAGGAAAAUCGAUAAAGAUAUCGAGAUGCCAUCAGGUACAGUCCUGCCCGCUGGAGCAGCCUGUUUCAUCAGCAUAUGGGGAAUACAUCGAAAUCCUAAAUAUUGGGGUCCGGAUGCAGACUCCUUCAGACCUGAACGAUUCUUCGAUAGUCCACCGAAACACCCGGCUACUCUGAUGCCUUUUAGUUAUAAAUCUAGAGGUUGUAUUGGAAUGCACUUUGGUAUGUUAUCAUUAAAAGUGAUACUAGCAUCUCUGCUCAAGGAGUACAGAUUUCUCCCGAACACCACGACUGAUGCGCCUGUACGACCUCUCUACGAUAUUAUACUCAAAGAUGCUGACAAUUACAUGAUUAGAUUGAAACGUAGGGAUAGAAUACAGCAAUGAAA